AUCAACUAUGUUGACUUUACAGAAGAGAUGGCACGGGAUCAGUAAGGAGUUUCUUCAGUCACAGUUUAAAUUACUGAUACAUGUUGAAAAGGAGUCACAAUUUGUUGGAUAACAGGUGAAGUAAUUUAUCUGUUCAGACCGUGCUUUCUGCAGAUAUAUAUGUGAUCUGUCUUCUACAAUGGAGUGUUGGUGUAGUAUACAGUGGAGGCAGAGCUUCAUGCUACUAGCUGUGUUCAUGUUAUGGUUUAGCAGUGGGGCAUGUCAAGUGCAAAACCCAAUUAAUUGUGAUUUUGAAAGUGGCACUUGCAAUUGGAUCCAGGAUACUUCUGACAAUUUUGAUUGGAGCAGAAACAAGGUGGACACACCUACCAUGAUCUCAGGCCCACCUACUGAUCAUACCAAGAAAACUAAAUAUGGACAUUAUAUGUACAUAGAUAACAGGGAUGGGUCAUAUCCACAGGAUGUUGCUAGGCUUCUAUCGCAACCAAUAACAGUGACAGGGAAUAAAACCUUUUCAGUUUGGAUACACAAGAAUGGUAAAGGAAAUGUGACAUUAUACAUUCAGUAUUUGAACGACACCAGACGAGCGUUAUGGCACUACACAAAUAAUACAGGGGAAAGUUGGAUACAAAUGAAACAAGGUCUACCUGAGGGUUCAUACAGGUUAUCCAUUGAGGGAAAUACUUUGAAUGGGCUUAGAGAAGGGGACACUGCAAUUGAUGACACUGCUCUAUUAGAUGAAUUUGUCUCAGAGACAACUCCACGUACAACCCCAAGUACUUCUGCACCACUUCCUGCCACUGCAGACUGCCAUUUUGACCAGAACUAUUGCAACUAUAACUUGUACAUAUCUGACCAUGGCCACACAUGGGUUAGGAAAAAAGGAUCAACUGACACUUGGUGGACAGGACCAAGAGGAGACCAUACCACUGGAUCUGGUUACUUCAUGUAUUUGGAAUCCAGUAAAAUGCCGGUGGGAGAAAAAAUCUACAUGUCUACUCCAUACCUUGCACCCACUUCUGGCACCUGCCUCUCUGUUUGGUACCACAUGAGAGGAAGACACAUUGGGGCACUGAAUGUCUAUAUCCAGAAAGGGGGUGACCCAGGGGCACCUGUUUUCUCUAGACAGGGUGAUCAGGGAGCUAACUGGUAUCAAGCUAAAGUGAAUAUUGAGUCAAGCAAUCCAUACCAGAUUGUAUUUGAAGCAGAACGAGGAAGUGGUGGGGAUCAGGGAGACAUAGCUUUAGAUGAUGUAGUGUUUUCACCAGUAAAAUGUCCAGAUCCAACAAAACCAACUUCCCCAGCUUUGCUGACUCUGAACUGUACAUUUGACUCUGAUAUGUGUGGGUUCACCUCACUGAAUAGGCCAUCACUUUCAAUCCAUUGGUCCAGGACAGAGAGUCAUGCCUUAGGAGGGGAAGGGGCCAUUGUUGAUCACACAUCAGGGAAAGGUUUCUUCCUCAUUGCUGAUGCUGGCAAAGUGACCAUGCCAGGAGAGGGCGCUGUGGUGUCCCCAGUUCUGAAAGCCAACCACGUCUGCCUUCAGUUUUAUUAUAGUAUCUAUGGCACUUCAGCACAGAGUCUGGUGGUACUGCAAAAUGGACCUGAUGGUGAGGGAGACAAACGCUGGGAACAUGACAGCAACAUGGAGAAGACUGGAGCAUGGCGGCUGCAAUACGUCCAGAUGAAAUCUAGAACUGACUUUCAGUUCACAUUUGAAACCCUGCGUGGACCGCUUGGAGAAGGGUUCAUUGCUAUAGAUGAUGUCUUAACAACAGAAGGAAAUUGUCCAGCCCUUACCACACCCAGCCAGGCCUCCACUCCAACUCCUAGUCCUAUGUACCCAGUCUUCAGUUGUGACUUCACCAAAGAUAUGUGUGGUUUGACUGAGGACCCGUCAGUCAAGGAGUCCAGUCUGUACUGGAGGAGAGGUUCUGGGCUCUCUGUACAGUACUUCACACCAGGAUCAUCUAGUCCUAAACAGGAGGUGCUGCGUGGUAAUUUCAUCUACUUCAACGAAAGCACGGGCAAGGAGGUAGCAAGAAUUGGAUCUCCUUCAUUCAAGGCUGGAGGGACCUUUGAGUUGGAAUUUAGCUACAGAAUCUUACAGCAGGAGGCCAACAUCUCCACAGAGUUCUCUGUACUUGUCAAGGAGGGUCUUGGUGUUGCACAUGCUAAAUGGAAGAUUCACUAUGCUUCAGAUACUUUGAGGAAAGGGGCUGUGAAGUUCACACCAAAUGAAGAUUUUAUAAUUAUAUUUGAAGUUAGUCACAAUGACCCAAAAGGUUUUGUUUUAUUGGCCAAUAUAAAGUUGAUUGGUUCUGUUCAAUCUCCAACAGCAAUAGUUCCUCUCCACCCCAGCACAUUGAGCUGUACAUUUGAUAAAGGAGUAUGUGGCUUUACUCAGGACCCAUCCACUAAAACACCUAGGCUCUUCUGGAAAAGAGCAGGAAACCUGACUCUGGUCUACUUGCCUCAGCCAUUGCAGGACCACACAUCUGGGAAUGGCGAUUUUAUGUACUUUGGGGAAGCUAUAACUAAAGAACAAGCACGGCUGCUGUCACCUACUAUGAAGACAGUGGGAACAGUUCAUCUGGAAUUCUACUACAGGUUGAUCCAGAAUAAACAGUCAGCUGAGUUCUCAGUUCUGGUGAAGGAAGGUGUCAGUGAUGAACAUUCAGUCUGGAAGGCGAAGAAUGUGGAUGAGCAGUGGCAGAAAGGAGUUGUGGAUUAUAGUCCUACAGAAAAUGAUGUAUACACAAUUAUUUUCCAAGUGACUGAAAAUCCAUACCAGGGACUUGUUAUUUUGGAUGAUGUGACACUGACAGCUUCCAAUGGAACAACUUCUCCCACACCUGGAAUACCUCAGGUUAACUUUGUUUGUGACUUUGACACUGAUUGGUGUGGGCUACAGCAGGAUUCUGGAGAGAGUAGCUCUGAUGUCUGGCAGAGAGGGAGGGUGAGCCCAACUGGUGACCAUACCACUGGAGAAGGUCAAUCUGUUUAUUUUGACCCCAGUAAAGCCAAGGAGAAAACAAAAUACAGCCUGGUCACCCCCAUGAUUCAAGUGACUGGUACAUCAAUGUGUUUGGAUAUAUUUCUACAGGGAGAACUGGCAGUGCUUAAUUUGAUAGUCAAAGAGAAUGAGAAAGAGGAGUUGUUAUCACCACUGCAGGCCAGGGGUGGGGAUUGGCAAAGAUUUUCAGUUUCUUUCAAGCCAAAGAGCAGUGUUUUUCAGUUUAUCUUCGAGACCUUUGUUCCUGAAAACAGCCAACCUGGCAUCCUUGCUAUGGAUGACAUUUCUAUCUCUCAAGGAGAAUGUGCUCCCUCCACCCUGAGCCCAACCACUCCUAAACCUUUACAACUGAACUGUACAUUUGACAGUGGUUUGUGUCAGUAUACUCAAGGAAUUAAUGGCCAGGAUGAUGACCUAGACUGGGAGAUUGUGUCAGAGGCUGUGUCACAGGGAGUUACUGUGAAAGAUCAUACCAGUGGCUCAGGAAAUUUUGUAUUCCUGAAUAAUUCCUGGGCUGAACAUGAUCUGCGUGGUGCAUUUCUUCUGUCUCCAUUGAUAUUGAAUGUCCCUCAGCAGGCCUAUUGCUUCAGUUUCUGGUACUUCUUAACCCCAAAUACUAAUCCUUUGAUUGUAUUUGUGACUGCGGCUGAUGAAGUGAGACUCACUAACAGAGUGUGGAUGUCUUCUUUUUUGGAUGAUAAACCUCAGUGGCAAAAACAGGAGAUUCAUGUGGUGAACAGAAAUGGGUUCCAGGUGGCAUUUAUGGAAGAGGUUACUGCCAACAUUGACAAUGGAGCUGUCAUAAUGGCAUUGGAUGAUUUUUCAAUACAACCAGGGAAUUGCUCAGUUCCUAGAUAUUGUGACAGCCAGCCAUGUCAGAAUGGUGGAACAUGUAUAGAAUCCGUAGGAAAAGCUCUUUGUGAAUGCACAGUGUAUUAUACAGGCAUCAAUUGUGGUGAUUGUCUGGUCCCAGGAAAAUGCCCCACAUGGCCACCAUCCACCACAGUGUCCAGUACUGUCCAUACUCCAGGAGAGUUCAGUUGCACCUUCACACACAACUUCCUAUGUGGAUACACACAGAGUCAAGAUGAUGAAUUCGACUGGUCUUUUUACAGUUCAGUCAACAAGUCUGCUGGCCAAGAUAGCGCACAUGGUAACAGUGCCCUUGCUAAUAAAAACAAUGCAACAAUUUGUUUGUUGUAUGAAUGGAUGGAAAAUUUGGAUGGAUAG